AACGUUGUAUUUAAUUGAUCACAGCUUUCUGCUGUCCAUGUAGAGUUUUUGGUAAAAAACAUUACAUUUGAUUAUUUUGUAAGCAAAAAUUGGAAAAAUCUUUGUUUAUCUUUGUCAAACAGGCUGGACCUCCUCCCAAAGAUAUGCUUAAAGUUCUGAAUGAUGAUAUGAGAUAUAUAUGAUAUACCAAGAGGUGUUCUGUACCUGUCUGUCCAGGAGGGAGGAGAGUAGAGCAGGACCAAGAGGUGUCCUGUACCUGUCUGUCCAGGAGGGAGGAGAGUAGAGCAGGACCAAGAGGUGUCCUGUACCUGUCUGUCCAGGAGGGAGGAGAGUAGAGCAGGACCAAGAGGUGUUCUGUACCUGUCUGUCCAGGAGGGAGGAGAGUAGAGCAGGACCAAGAGGUGUUCUGUACCUGUCUGUCCAGGAGGGAGGAGAGUAGAGCAGGACCAAGAGGUGUUCUGUACCUGUCUGUCCAGGAGGGAGGAGAGUAGAGCAGGACCAAGAGGUGUUCUGUACCUGUCUGUCCAGGAGGGAGGAGAGUAGAGCAGGACCAAGAGGUGUUCUGUACCUGUCUGUCCAGGAUGGAGGACAAGGCCUGGAGAGCAGGGUGGCAGAGGUCUGACUCAAUGAGGUGUAGAGAGACUACUACUAAACCUAUUGUCUGUCUCUCUCUCUCUCUCUCUCUCUCUCUCCAGCGCUCUGCACAGUCAGCAGUGGAGGACAGUGAUCAGAUCUUUACUGAGCUGAUCCGCUCCAUUGAGAGAAGGAGCUCUGAGGUGAAGGAGCUGAUCAGAGCCCAAGAGAAGGCUCAAGUGAGUCAAGCUGAAGGACUCCUGGAGCAACUGAAGCAGGAGAUCGCUGAGCUGAGGAAGAGAAGCACUGAGCUGGAGCAGCUCUCACACACAGAGGAUCACAUCCAUUUCCUCCAGAGGUAUCAGUCUCUCUCUCUCUCUCUCCAGAGGUAUCAGUCUCUCUCUGAUGUGAGUCAGACUGUGUCUGAACUGAGAGAGAAACUAGAAGACUUCCUUAAAGGAGAAUGGACCAAGAUCUCCACUACAGUGAAUAUAGUGGAUGUUGUACUGCCUCCAGAGCCCAAGACCAGAGAACAGUUGUUACAAUAUUCCUGUCAGCUCACACUGGACCCAAACACAGCACACACAGACCUCUCUCUGUCUGAAGGGAACAGAAAGGUGACCUAUACAGACCAAGUCCAACCAUAUCCUGACCAUCCAGACAGAUUCACCAACUACAGGCAGGUUCUGUGUAGAGAGGGUCUGUCUGGACGCUGUUACUGGGAGGUGGAGAGGACUGGUGGUGUUGCUACAGCAGUCUCAUAUAAAGACAUCAGCAGAACAGAGAGAGAUGGUGGAUUUGGAUACAAUAACAAGUCCUGGAGUUUAUAUUACAAUAGUGGUGGUUAUUGUUUCAGACACAAUAAUGUUGUGACUAAAGUAUCAGGCCCUCAGUCCUCCAGAGUAGGAGUGUACCUGGAUCACAAGGCAGGUACUCUGUCCUUCUACAGUGUCUCUGACACAAUGACCCUCCUCCACAGAGUCCAGACCACAUUCACUCAGCCCCUCUAUCCUGGGUUUAGGCUCUAUGAUUAUAAUGGUUCUGCUGAGCUGGUUAAACUGUAAACUGAUUUGUUACUAAUUAAAAUUCAAUGCAAUGUUUUAAUCUUGUACAUUUCCAUGAAUCAUGAUGUCUGGUGUUGAUGUAUAUUGGUUGUCAUUCAGAACCAUUGAUAUGUUUUCUCAGUUGGUUCUCUGUCUCUAUGUAAUUCUCCUCAGUAUCAUUGAUCAGCUUGUUGGCUCGGUCCUAAUUGAUGUGUUCUCUGUCACCUGGAGCUGCAUGGAAAAUGGUCCAGGAACUAAAGGACAAUUCAGGACUAGUCAGCCCACUACAAGCUGGUAUCACUUCCUUUCUACUAAACUAUAUGGUCUGGUUUCCCAGACACAGAUGAAUCCUAGUCCUGGACUAAACAGUAUGUUCAAUGUAGAUGUCCAGGAAACCGGCCCUAAAUGUGUCAUCUUUCAUCCUCCCAUACUGCUCAGUCCAGCAACAUUAAACCUGUCCAGCAGGUGGUGCUGUUGACCAAACAAUAAAACCAGCAGAUAUCUUGACUUGCCACUCAGUAUAUCAGUAAUGUUCAGAAUAGUACUUUAAUAUCAUUGGAG